UGGAAGAGCAGAGCUGACGUCAGCCCGAGAGGUAGUUUCCAGGCUGAGCUGUCAGACCGUAUAGCAGGUUAGGUAUUAAAGGCACAUCUAACAGCCCCGAGACCCCUCCUCUUAGACGGCCUGAGCGCACACAAAGAAGUCGCAUCUCCUCGGCCGGCCAGGAGCCAGCAGCAACAGCAACUAGUGCUCGCCUCGGCCGAGGCUUUGGAGACAAACACUGCCUGGAGCUCGGCCAGGAGGGGACUGGUGGGGGGGCGGCGGGAGUGGGAAGCGGCGCAAGACAGAAAAUGAAACCGUCGCGGAAAAGUUUGAACCAAGACAGAUCUACCAACAGUUCCACAAUGUCCGACAGUGACUUUGGGGAAGAUGAUGGGAACAUUUCUCAGGAUACAUCCCAGCCUGGCAAGAGGAAACGAAGGGGCAAUCUUCCCAAAGAGUCUGUCAAGAUUCUGCGGGAAUGGCUGUAUGAACAUCGGUUCAAUGCGUACCCUUCAGAGCAAGAGAAACUCAGCCUUUCAGGACAAACAAGCCUCUCUGUUCUACAAAUUUGCAAUUGGUUCAUCAAUGCCAGGCGCAGACUUCUCCCCGAUAUGCUGCUAAAGGAUGGCAAAGACCCAAACCAGUUCACUAUUUCUCGCCGAGGCACCAAAGCCAGUGAUGUAGCACUUUCCCGUGGAUCUGCUGCAGGUUCUGGACUCCUGAUGGUGCCUCCUCCUGCUGCUGCUGCUGCAGCCACGACAUCCAAGGUCCUCUCCAUGUCUGUGUGCCCUCCUGUGAUCUGCCAGACUUCUCGCCCACUGGCUGGCAACUUGACUGUGAUGACUGGAGACCUAGAGAAACGAUCCAUGCUCCAGCGGAUUGAGCUGGAAUCCCAUACCAAGCAGUCACAGCUGAGUGCAACAGGCAGCACACUGGCUCUUCUCACCCGGGCAGAUGCCUCCAGUCCCACCAGUGGACUCUUCAACACGCCUCCUCCAACACCACCUGAGCUCUUCGGAGAGGACUUCAGCAGCUUCCAGUUGCUGGUGGAAGUGGCUCUGCAAAGGGCAGCUGAGCUUGACUCACAGAAGCUGAGCGGGCAACUGCCUCCAUCACCACAGAGAGAAUCUUCUCCGGCAAAAAACAAGUAACUUCCUGCAGCCUCUUGUUUCCUUUUGGAGCCAGCCUUUUCCUUUUCCCCCCCUCAGGAUUUCUUUUCUGUUGGCCUUUGCAGCGAGAGCUCCCAUUAGAAGUUAAUGCUGUGAUACGGUUUCUUGUCAAACCGGGAACUGUUACGCUGGAAGCCUCCAUUCUUCUCUAUGCUGCCAGCUGAUCUUGGAUACAAGGCACCCCCAACUUCUGCAUAAACAUUUCCCUCAAAAGGAGGGCACACUACUUCAUCCUUUGGGUUGGCAUCAGGCUAUGGAUCUCAAGUCAGUAUCUCUCUGAAGCCACCUGGAGGAGAUGGUCUGUUUAGGAGUUCCUGGCUCCAGGCUGUUCUUGGAAGGACCCCAAACUUGAACAUCUUCUGAGAAGAUGUAGUUGCUGGAUGAUGAUUUUAUAAUGUUUGACUUUUUUAAAAAAUGUGGAGGAUUUAGACAAUACUUACUUCCUUCUCGCCCCUCCCCUCUCCCCCAGAUUUUCAAAACUUACUGACAUGGACUAGGAUGGAAAAAAUGGUCCAAAGCAAUUUAUCAGAAACAAAUACUCCCCCUUUGAUAAGGGAAGACAAGCAAAGAGCCUAUUUCACCACCUUCGGCUUUUUUUAUAUAUAGUACAUAAUUUCCUUGGAGGGGCAGGGAAAUAUUUCUAUUCCCCUCUCAUUUUCUUUUAAAAGUUGUACCAUGUUGUAGCAUAUUGUUGAACUGGUGUGAAUAUGUGGCUGGUCCUUACAUCACACCUGAUGGGCGUCUCCCAUAAUGAACAAACAAAUUGGCAGCCUUUAAAGAUUGUGGCAUUCUUCUUUCUGUUGGACAGGAAGAGCAGUUGAGCAUCGCCUUGUGAAUAUUGGUGCCAGUAAAAGAAAUUUAAAAAGCAUUAUGGUGCUUUGGAUGAUCCACUUUAGGUGCGGGCAGAAAGUUAGCUGUUUUUUUGUUUUGUUUUUUGGAUCAUUGGGCAUUCUUCUGUCUACUCCUUCUUCCAUUUGUCCUGAUAAGUACAAUGCUAGAAGAGAGAGAGGACUAUGCUGGCAGAAGGGUAGCCAUAAACUGCGGAGAGGGCAUUUCAAAGGUGUGGAGGAGGAGUAAGAGACGAAAAACAAAAUAUUCAAAUGUGAAGUUGCUUUAAACAAUGCUUUCUCCUUUUUUUUAAUUUUGGAACGUGAACUGUAUCUCUGUGUGACUUUGGGAAUCUUGUGGCAUCUCUGACAAGAUGCGCUGACAAAACUACCUAUACAAAUCAACAAGAAUUCGUUCUGACUUGGGUAUUUUUGUAUCCUUGCUUUCAUCAUGCUGAAUGUAGUUGCUCCUUUGCUGAUGGAGCAAGGGUGCCCUCUCAUGGCCAAGAAGGGAAGUCAAAACAGAUCAGGGCUUCCAUUCUACUGGCAAUUCUGAUGAUCACUCGCUCUCAUGUGAUAUUCAUAUCUCUCAUAUGUCUAUAGUCUCAAUGGACCCAAUAAUAAUAGUUUAUUAUUCAAAAUUAGAGAAAAGGGUACACUUUGGAUUUAGAUGGAGGGAAAUCAAGGCUUGUCUGUUAUCAUUUUAGAAGACAGACCAGUAAGAAUGCAUUCAUCUUUUCAUAUCCUCUUUUGUCCUGAGUUCAAGACCUCGCACAAGAAUGGCAUAAUACCUUGGGUGGUGGUAGGGUCAUCCACCUCUUUUUUGAAUAGUGCUGUUUCACUGUAAAUGUAAGUUAAAUAGUGAUCUAUUAUAUACACCUAUAUAUCUAUCUUGAGAAACACUAAUGUUAGAGGGUGUUAGCCUAAUUAUUAUGUUGCAUGAAUAGUAAAGAUAAAAGCCCAGCAGAAGACAACUUCCUCUUGGAUAAUCUUUGAACCAGGCCUAGAAGCCGGUGGGUGAUUGAUUUCAUGGUAGAUUUUGGGAGGAGAAUAAAUGUUUUGUAGGAAAAUUAGAGCCCAAGUGGGAGGCCUUAUGGCUUCUAUCAAUGUUGAGAGUGCCUUCCCCCUCAACCUUCUCCCCUUCCCCCUGGAAAGUGCUACUAAGACAAUUAGUACAAACCCACAAUUGCUGCUGGACACAGCCUUGUCCAUUCCUCUCUCUUUUUGGUGCUCUUUAACCCUUAGUCCCAUGUCAUUGAUGGUAUGUAGCAAACUGUGCCUAGAGAGCUGCCAUUUCAACCCAAAGUCACCUUUAAAAUAACACAAAGGUGCUUCCUCCCCCUCCCUUAAAAAGCCCACAGAAUUGCCUUAGAAAAAGCUUAAGCUGUUCAUUUAUUUUGUUGGAGGGCAUUCAUCAGUCUUGUGUCCAGUUUUCAUCCUUAAUUGAAUUCUGGAUAGUGAACAUAUCAGUUCUUUGAUCUCUUUUUCAAAUCCUUUUAAAAGGAAACCACUCAAGGUUUUCUAGAAUGUGCAGCAACAUUUCAUUUUCUUAUUGUUUGGAAUUGGGCAUUAUUUUAAUGUACUAUUGAAAUGGAAAUUCCUUGAACAGCUGUGUCCCAGGUCCCUCCUAAAUACACCUUUGGCUAGUAACGUACUUGACUUUAAUGGUACAUACAUCACUGAUUUCCUUUAGAGUGGGACCAGUGUGGUUAAAUAAUACACAGGAUAUCUAACGGGCUGUAGAAAGUGCCUAAACAGAUCUGAAACGUUAGUAUAAAAGAAAAUUUAAAAUCCAGUUCCUACAAUGCGCUGCUCUUUGUUAUACUGCUGUACUUUGUCCUAAUGAUGCAAAUAUAUUGUUUCAGGUGGGAUGGGAACUUUGCAAAAGAGAAAGUAUUCUUUUGCUUGAACUUUAUGGA